UCUACAUGACUCGUAGAAAACGUGUCCUGAUUUUAAAACAGUAUAUGUACAUCUUUGUUAGAGAUACGAACUUCGAAUAACCUUAAUUUUGUUUGUGCGAUGGAUCCCUAAUACGGAAGCCUGAAUUUCCCUCUCUUUCCUGUAUACUAUUGAAUUAGAAACCCUUAUUUUUCUUCUUUUUGAAAAACAAAUCAGAAAUCCUAUUUUUUUCUCUCCUGUGCUCAUAAGCCGACUUCCAAUUUCUCUAUCCUCUUUACAUGACCCUAAUUUUUUUUCUCUGGUGUUUGUUUUGCGCUCAUUUUUUGAAGGACCAUACCCUUGUUCUCUCACUCUAGUUUCUCUGCCCUAUUUUUUUUUUCUGUGUAACUCUAACCAGGAGCACAAAUUGUCUGAUUUCUAUGUAGAUUUUGUUCUCGAACCUAAUGUUUUGAGUUCCCUUUGACGAAUUGCCGUAUUCUUCUUUGUUUCAUCGAAACCCCUAAUUUUAUUCACCAAGUUUCCUUUCUCUAUGGUCAUGGAAGUCAUCAGAAUCCGGUAGAUGCCAUGACCUGCUAUGAACAAUGGUUACUGGUGAUUCCUCUUCUCCUCAUGAAUCUGGACCUGUAAAUACUUCAGGGCCCAUGAAUGGUGGCCAAAUAGAUGAAGAAUCACAUCUAACGCUAACUGAACCAGAGACAGAGACAAAAGCCUUGAAUUCGACCAAUGGUGGCCAAACAAAUGAUGAAUCACAUCUAACACAAAAUGAACCAGAAACAGAGGCAAAAGCUUCGAAUUCGACCAUUGAUGGUGAUAACAAGAGCACAGAAGCCAUGGCGAGAGCAAUUUCAUCGAUGCUAACCUCUGUGAUGACAGAAUUUGAUUUUAGGGCAGGGAAUGUAAUCAGAAGCCAGGAUAUGCUUGGAGGUUCAAUUGAUCGACUCACACUAGAGCUGGAUAAGCUCUUAGAAGAUGCACCCUUGCCAUUUGUCAUGCAACAUGCAGCCAAGCUUACAGGGGUUCGAAAGAGGAUCUCUUCUCUAAACUCAGUUUUAAAAGUGAUACAACAUCGCAUUGAUAACAUUGACCGGAUGCUCUCAGCUGGCCUAUCACAUGAAAAUGAAGCAAUCAGGAAGCAUGCAGAAUCAUCAAAUGCUGAUCAUGCUGAUCGUGCUGACCAGCUAAUGUAAUUACCACUCUAAGAAAGGGAAGGUCGGAAGGAUUUAUUGGGCAUGAAGCAAUAUUCCCUUGUCAAUCUUGUAAAGGUAAUUUCCCGUAGUUAUUGUUUGUUCUCCAUUUGGGUAAUUAAGAGUUAAUGGUUUUUUUUGAUGCUUUAAUUAAGAGUUAAUGUUUCUAAUUGAAAAUUUAUCAUGUGAAUGUUUUUUGAUUUAAUUAUUUCACAUUGAGAACUAUGUUCUGUUGUCAAUUAUCAGAUUUAUCAUUUAUGAUGGUGUCUAAGGCCUAUGGUUCUAAAUUUCAUUGAAACUGUCUCAAACUUUUAUGGCCAGAAUCAAUAUCCCUGUCUUUGAACUAGUUCCAGUUCCAACCAUUUUGGCUGCCUGAAACUUGGACUCAAGCUGAGCCGAUUGCGUGAAUUGGUUUGGAAAGUCGUGAAUGGUGUGUGACAUAGUAAUUCUGAGAUUUAUUAAGUAGUGUAAUAAACAUGUUCAAAAGUCAAAACCAAAUGAAUGCAGGGGCUACUCCACUUUCUUUUCUUUA